AUGUCCUCCAAGGUCCAGAUCCUGGGCGGGACUCCUACUGACAAAGAACUCGGCCCAACCGUCAGCACCCUCCCCGCUGCUGUACCAGACCGAUCCGUCGUUCUGCACGGCUCCCUCGCUACACUCGAACCUUGGUUAACGCCAACUCACUGGGCCAGAUUUUGGCGCAACCUCCAGCUACUCGAGAACCAAUGGUUGGUGGACUACUUUCCGUUCGACGAGGUCCGCUCGGAAGCGGACCUGCGCAAGCAACUCGACGAUCUGGUUGCUGUGCCGGAUGUUAUUUUGUACGCCGUCCUAGCUGAUCCGGCACACCUGAACCCGGUGAAAGCGGCAGAUGAAGAGGCAGGCUUUGCGGGGCACGCAGAGGUGUUCGGUUUCAUGGCGUAUUCGCUGGCUGGCACGGCGCACCGUGAGAUCGAGGUGGGAGCGUUGUUUGCACCGGCGCUACAGCGGACGGCAGCGGCAACUGAGGCGCAUUACCUGAUGUUGAAGAAUGUGCUGGAGCCGGUUCGCGUGGAGGAAGGAAAGUCUCUGCCGUAUCGGAGAGUGUCGUGGAAGUGCAACAGUCUGAACGUGGCAUCCCGCCGGGCGGCGGAGCGGCUCGGGUAUUUGUACGAGGGGACAUUGAGGAACCAUCAGAUUGUGAAGGGAAGGUCGAGGGACACGAGUUGGUUCAGCAUAAUCGACAAUGAGUGGCUAGUGAUAAGGAUUGCCUUGGAGAAGUGGUUGGAUAGGAGCAACUUUGAUGAGCAUGGAAGGCAGGUGAAAGCGCUCGACUGUAUUCGGGUAGAGUUGACUGCAACAGCCAAGUAUUCUAAUAAGUAA